AUGGUCAAAAAUUGUAUAUGUUGCGGUGAGUCCUACACGAAAUUCCCAAACGAAAGUAGUCGACGCGAAUUUCAGGAAAUAACUGGAAUUUGCGCUUGUUGCUGGGAAAUAACCAUGCUUGAACCUGAUGCCGUCGAAGAGAAAAUCGAGCAUGCAAAUAAAGUGCUACUCUUUUACAACCGCAAGUUCAUUAUGAACAAACAUCGACCUCACGCUUGGCAAUGUCUUAAAUGUGAACAACACAUCAAGGGCGAACAAAUUCAGAGUCCACACAUAUGCGUAGUUAAGAGGAUAUGCAAGUUAUGCACGAAGCCAUCCGACUCCGGAGGCGGGAUAUGUCAAAAGUGUAAAUCAGCGUUUUAUUGUAGCAAAGAAUGUCAGAAGGAGGACUGGCCAAGGCACAAAAAAGAGGACUGUGUAAAUUAA